AUGAUAGCUUUGUUUGCAAAGGAUAGGGCUUCGGGGGUGCAUGCUGAAACCCCGAAAGGGAAGAAUGCUCGAUUGAACAGAACUGGGGAUAUAAAAGUAGAAACAAUCGAAGAAGUGGAUAAGUUACUAGCAAGCAGUGACAUAACACUUGAGAAACAACAAAAAAAUAAUGAAGAUGAUGAUGAUGAAGGUCUUGAUGAUAUUCAAGUGUUAUCUCAUACAUGCUUUUCACCGGUGCAAAAUUCAAGUUCUAAGAAGUACAAAAGUAAAAAAAGGAAACAUGAAAUUGAAGAUGAAGAUGAACUUGAAGCUGAACCUGAAUCGUUUGAAAAGGUUAUUAUGAGUGCAAUUAAAGAUGUGGCUUCUGCUAUGAGGGAGGGUAACAAAAUAUUCGAAAACUCUUAUCAUCAGGUUUAUACUGGUGAUGAAAUUUGUAAAGAGUUAGAGCCAAUGGAUUUGGAACCCGAUGAAUUAUCAUAA